AUGAAGUAGAAUAUUAUAGGUUCAAAAAUGAUAAACUAAGGAAUUACAAAAUUCUUUACCCUGUAUAGUAAAAAUAUCAAUACCUUAAUCACUUUCUUUAAUAUUGGAAAGGGUGAGUUCAGAACCAUUUUAGAUUAGAUUAAAUCUUCUUAUAUAUUUAUUUGCAGGAUUAUUAAAUAAUUUAUUUUAAGUAAGGGUAUUAAAAGUUUUAUGAUAGGACUCUCUAGAUUUGCUUGUUCAAUUAUUUAGAGAUUAUGCAAAAAUACUAUUUCUUACAACAUCACUCAUUCCAAUAAGGUUUACGAUAUGAUAAUGAAAAAAAAAGAUUUAAAGGAAUUCGAAAUCUUUUUUGAGAAGAGAGUUAAGAUUUUAAGUAAUAUUAUACAUUCCAACUUCUUUAAUGAUAAGUUGAUAGAAGAAGCAAAGUUAAAAGAGUUAAUCUUAUCCAAUAAGACAUCAGAAUACAUUGAAGAUUUGAUUAAAUAAAAGAGAUAUUUCACAGCAUAUCGAUUCAUGAAUGCCUUGCAAUAUGAAAGUGUUUCUUAUUAAGUAUUAAUAAUAUAAAUAAGGAACUUAUUCAUGCAAUGAGUAAUAACGAAAUGAAAUUACAAAGCAAGAUUAUUAAAGAAUAACAUUUAGAUUUUUAAAAUAAUUAAAAGGUUUUAAAUCACAUAAAUGGUGAAUCCUUAAGAUUUUUUAUAUUUGUAUUAAGAUAUUUAAUUUUAGAGGGCAGAUAUACCUAUAGAAAAAGUAGAAGAAUUAUUUUUAGGCGAUGAAAAAAAAUUAUAAUUCUUGGUUGAGAAUUAUUUUAGUACGAAUAAACAAGUAGCUAUUCAAAUAGCUAAAAGAAAUAAUAUUAAAGUGUAAAAUAUUUAAAGAUAGAAAGAGAUUGAUGAAUGCAUAAAUGUUGAAUAAAAUAUACUAUUGUAAAAUGAUGAUUUCUGUAUAAAGUAUUAUAUAAUAUAUAGUACCAUCUGAGAUGAUAUUAAAAACAAAGAGGAUUGAUCAAUUAAUACUUUUAAAAGAUUUAAACAUUUCUAGAGAAGAUGUUUAUGAGAUUGAGAAUGAAGAUUAGUUGAAUGAUUAAAUUGUGAAUGAAAUAUUAGAAGCAAAAUAAACUGGAAUUGAUUCUGAAAGCUAUUUAGAAAUUCCAUAAACUAAAUUUUCAUCUAGAAAUAAAGUUUGUUUAUUUUAAAUAGCUUUGCCAAAAAAGAUUUUCUUGUUAAAUAGUACAAAUUUAAAAAAGAGUAAAAAAUAUCAAGAAUUUCUUGUGAAAUAUACAACUAGUGAUGCAUUGAAGAUUGGAUAAAAUAUUCAAUAGGAUUUAUAAUCAUUAUUAGGGUAGAUUGGAAAUUAUAAUGUUGAAUUGAAAAAUGUUAUUGAGUUAUAAUAAUUAUUUAGGAUGAAAUUUCCAAAUGAAAAGAAAACUAAUUUAUCAUUUUAAUGUUCUAAGCUUUUUGGAAAAGAAUUAGACAAAGUAGAAUAAAUUUCAAAUUGGCAAUAAAGACCUUUAAGGAAUGCUUAAAUACAUUAUGCAGCAUUGGAUGCUUUCAUUUGUUUACAUCUAUAUAAUCACUAUAAAUAAUGA